AUGCAGCUUAUCACCAUCUUGGCUUUUGCCCUGCCCGCCCUCGCGGCCCCAGGCGUUGAGGGCAUGUUCCGCCGCCCUUCUCCUGUGGCAAAGCAACUCAACUGCCCGACCAACGAAAUUCAGAAAGACGGCCUGCUGGGAGAUAACUACGUCAACCCUUCUCUCCUCCUGCCCAUCUCCGCCAGCGAGCCCGACAAGGUCUUCGAGAGCUCAUCUUGGGCAACCAUCACGCCGAACGACAAGUGCACCAUCUUCAACCUCGAGCUGCCGGCUGAGCAGACUGUGAACAAGAACUGCAGUCUGGUCUUUGACUUCCCGGGCUGCGACAGCUCCCGCUACCGCUUCCAGGGCCCCGGCAACUUUCUCUUCCAGCCCUACGCCAUCGGGUCGGGCGCCGUUGCCGGAAACACCACCUACAACAACCAGCCGCAGAAGCUGGGUAACCUCCCCAGCCGCCAGCUUCUGCCUGGAAACAGCUACGUCAUUAACACGGGCUCGUGUGAGGUCCCCGCUGGUACCCCUGGCGUCGUUACCUUCGCCGGCAGCCUGUGCUCGGCCGAUUCGACGCUGGCCUUCCACCAGGACAGCAACGAAUGCCCGCUCGGUUUCUUCCUGCUGAUUAGCGAUGCUUGA